GGAGGGAAAGAGAGAGAGAAGAAGGCUGCCCAUCCUCAUAUUUUCCUCUGCAUCUGUGUGAGGCUGCGUGUGUGAACGGCAGAGAGGGGAGAGCACAUCUGAGUCUCGUGGAGGCAGCAGGGACUCAUCCCACUUGGCCGAGAGAUCGAUGCUCUUACGUGGAGCUGCACAAGACGGCUGAGCACCACCUGCAGAAAGUCUACUCAGCGCCACCAAAAAAAUUAAAGAGAACAAGAGGAGAAAACUGAGUCCAUCAUAAAGCUCCGGGCAGCAGAAUCCCAGGAUCCAACUUUAGCUUUUACACCCAAGGUGUGAGUGGAGAACAGUGGUAAGGUGUGUUGCCAGGAUGCCACAAUUAAAGCAGCUUCAUUGGGCCACAGAGAUCACAGCAAUCCUGGCACUGGCUCUGCUUUUUGCACUACAGGGUGCUGCACAUGCUGCUCCAUCAGGAGACAACAAGCUGGUUCGAACCACCAGAGUGAGAAGGCAGAUCCCAGAGGGGGAUCAGUUCCCCUCUGCUUCCUCAGUCAACCAGACGCUGCAAGAGCAGCCUCUUGUCUUUAACCAUGUGUACAACAUUAACGUGCCCAUGGAGUCUCUGUGCUCCGUUGACCUGGAUGCAUCUGUGGCCCAAGCCCCAGAUUCUCAUGCCGAGUUGGGAUCCAGACCUCCUGUUGAGGGUCCAGUGGAGCCAUCUGGGCCAACAGAAUACACUGAGCAGACGUUUGAUGCGGAGAGUCAGGUGACGUUUACUCACCGCAUCAAUAUACCAAAAGCAGCAUGCAGUUGUCCAGCAAUAAGCACAAUCCAGCAGCUGGCCACCAGAGUGGAGAUGCUGGAGAGAGAAGUAUCCACGCUCAGAGCUCAGUGUGGGUCUGGAUGCUGUGGGGAAGGCUCUGCCAUGGGUCAUUUGGACUUUAUCCCCAGCUGCAGCAGCCAUGGAAGCUUCAGCUUUGAUCUGUGUGGCUGCAUCUGCGAGGAAGGUUGGAGCGGUAAAAACUGCUCCGAGCCUCGCUGCCCAAAUGACUGCUCUGGUCAGGGGGUGUGUAUCGAAGGGGAGUGUGUGUGUGAUCGUGACUUUGGAGGUGACAACUGUUCAGAGCCACGGUGCCCUUUGGACUGCUCAGGCAGGGGCCUGUGUAUUGAUGGGGAGUGUGUGUGCGAGGAGUCCUUCACAGGCGAAGACUGCAUGGUUGGACGGUGUCUCAAUGACUGCUCGGAUCAGGGGUUGUGUGUCAAUGGGACAUGCCAGUGCCGGCCCGGCUAUGUGGGAGAAGACUGCUCAUUGGUCUACUGCGCCAACAACUGCAGCAAGAAGGGAGUCUGUAAGGAGGGGUUCUGUGUCUGCCAGGAUGGCUUCGCUGGAGAUGAUUGUAACUCAGUGGCACCUGCCAUGAAUUUGAAUACACGAGGAGUUACAGAUCGUACUAUUGAGCUGGAGUGGGAAGGGUCUGUAAGGGUGACAGAUUUCUUAGUGACGUACACACCAACCAGCCCUGGAGGUGUGCAACUAGAAAUAAGGCUGCCAGGAAACACAACAUCUUGGAUUAUCACAAGUCUUGAAGCAGGCAUAGAGUACAACAUCAAUGUGUUUGCUGUCAUCAACAACUCAAUCAGCGUUCCCUCCAGUAUUACUGUUUGGACGUAUUUUACCAACCCAGAUGGAUUAGUCUUUAAAUCCAUCACAGAGACGUCAGUGGAGGUCCAAUGGCAACCGUUUUACUAUUCCUUUGAUGGAUGGGAGAUCAGCUUCAUCCCCAAGGACAAUGAUGGCGGAAUGACAGCCCAGCUUCCCAGCACCAUUACCUCAUUUGUUCAGACUGGUCUGAGGCCUGGGGAGGAGUAUACAGUCAACCUGGUGGCACUCAGAGAUCAGGGUCGAAGCCAGCCAGUCACUGCUACCUUCACAACCUUGAUUGAUGGUCCGACUCAGCUGAUUGUACGUGAUGUGUCAGACUCUGUAGCUUUUGUGGAGUGGACACCACCAAAAGCAAAGAUUGAUCAGAUUGUGUUGCGUUAUGGCCUAGUGGGGGGAGAGGGCCCACGGACUACCUUUCGGCUCCAGCCCACCCUUACCCAGUACUCAUUGCAGGUUCUGCGUCCUGGCUCGCAGUAUGAGGUGUCGGUAAGCGGAGUAAGGAAAGGGAAUGAAAGCGGAUCUAUCUCCACUGAAUUCACAACCGCUUUAUCGUUCUUCUCAGAGAUCGAUGCCCCCAAGAACUUACGGCUUGUGUCCAAGACCUCCACUACCCUCGAGCUUGAAUGGGAUAACACUGAGGCUGAGGUGGAGGGUUAUCAGGUAGUGUACAGCACUUUAGCUGGAGAUCAGUACGAUAAGGUGAUUGUGCCAUGCAACAAGGGUGCCACCACUAAGACUAAUCUUACAGACCUUCUGCCAGGCACAGAGUACGGAAUUGGCAUCUCUGCUAUGAAGGGUAUCAACCAGAGUACACCGGCAACGAUGAAUGCCAGGACAGGUCUGGAUGCACCCAGGCGUUUAACUGUGACAGCUUCUACUGACAACUCCAUCACUCUGGUGUGGGAUGUAGUCCAGGGUCCAAUCGACCACUACAGGGUCACCUUCACAUCUUCUUCUGGCAUCACUACUGAGCUGAUGGUGCCUAAAGACAUAACCACCACAACUCUGACAGACCUUGAGCCUGGAAGUGAAUAUACCAUCACAGUAGCUGCAAGAAGAGGGAGGCAACAGAGCACUGCAACAACCAUAUAUUCCUUCACAGGGAUCAGGCCUGUAACCCACCUUUACCUGUCAGAAGGGACAUCAGAUUCAGUGUUGGUUGCAUGGAGUGCCCCGGCACCACCCGCCGACCUCUUCAUUCUGAGCUACAGCUCUGCCGAUGGGACUGACACCUCUAAGGUGACACUGGAUGGCUCCAAGACGUGGUCACUGGUCCAGGACCUGCUGCCAUCCACUCACUACAUGUUCAGUUUAAUCACAAUACAAGGGGACGUUUCCUCUGAGCCCAUUACAGCAUCGCUCAUCACAGAAAUGGACCCACCAAAGGAGCUGGCAGUGUCAGAUGUGACUGAAGAUGCAGUGACAAUCUCUUGGAUAAAACCACUGGCUCACUUUGAAUAUUAUAAGCUCGCCUACCAGUCAGCUAGAGGUCAAGUGAACAGCGAGAUGAUCGACAGAGAUGUGACAAACUACACUUUGUCUAGUCUGUUUCCUGCCACAGAGUACGAGAUCUGCCUGAAUACUGUCAGAGGGGGAGAGGAGAGCAAACCUGUCAGCACGUCCGUCUUCACAGCUAUGGACAUGCCUGCGGAGCUGACAGCCCUCAACAUCACUCCACAAGGAGCCCUGCUGAGGUGGAAUGCUCCCCAGUCCAACGUGGACAACUACGUGCUGACCAUCACACAUAACCAGCUGACAGCGGAUACUUUCCUGGUUGAAGGAAACAAGCAUGAGCACCAGUUGUCCAGCCUCAAGCCAAGCACCACCUACUCUGUGGCCCUGUAUGCCACCAAAGGACCCCUCACAAGUGGCACUGUCAUCACCAACAUUCAAACACCCAUGGAUGCACCUGUGAACCUGACAGCCAGUGAAGUGAACCACCGCAGCGCUCUCAUUUCCUGGCAGCCACCAGCCGCAGAAAUCGACAACUACAUGCUCACUUACAAGACUCCUGAUGGCAGCCGUAAAGAGCUGAUUCUUGAUGCAGAGGACACAUGGAUUCGACUGGAGGGAUUGGCAGAGAGCACAGAGUACACGGUUAAGCUCCAGGCUGCUAGAGGACUUGAUACCAGUGCUGUGGUUUCCACCACCUUUACUACAGGGAGCCGUCUGUUUUCAACACCUCAGAACUGUGCCCAACACCUGCUGAAUGGGGAGACUGUGAGUGGCGUCUACACAAUUUACAUCAACAGAGAUCCGAGCCAAGGGGUGCAGGUGUACUGUGACAUGACCACAGAUGAAGGAGGUUGGAUUGUAUUCCAGCGUCGUCAAAAUGGUCUUACUGACUUUUCCAGAAAGUGGAGUGACUAUCGGGUUGGAUUUGGAAAUCUUGAGGAUGAGUUUUGGCUUGGUCUUGAUAACAUCCAGAAGAUUGCUUCUCAGGGCCGCUAUGAGCUGAGAAUUGACAUGAGAGAUGGACAAGAAUCAGUUUUUGCCAAUUAUGACAAAUUUUCUAUUGGAGAUGCAAGAAACCUCUACAAGCUCAGGAUAGGAGAAUAUAAUGGCACUGCUGGUGACUCUUUCAGCUACCACCAGGGCCGACCAUUCUCAACUAAAGACAGAGACAAUGACAUUGCUGUCACUAACUGUGCCAUGUCCUACAAAGGAGCCUGGUGGUACAAGAACUGCCACCGGGCCAACCUCAAUGGAAAAUACGGCGAGUCCAGUCAUAGUCAGGGUAUUAACUGGUACCACUGGAAAGGCCAUGAGUUCUCCAUUCCCUUUGUGGAGAUGAAGAUGAGGCCCUUCAACUUCCGUAGCAUCAGCAGUAAGAGGAGACGAUCCACCCCUGUAUAAGCUAACCACCUCCGCGCUGCCCAGAGUAGUGGAUAAAUGGAGUUUGGAUGAUGUUGAGUGUUAAAUUUCUGCUAUCUGUGCACCUCUCUGACUGCAAAGACAGGCUGGAAUUAAACUGUGCCGAGGCUCGCUAGUGAGGCUGCAGAAACUGAAUAAGUGAGCAAUUAAACAAAACUACUAAUAUUUUAUUUAGCAACUUUAAUAAAUUAAUAUUUCAUCAACUUAUUACUUUAACCAGAUGUGGUCAGAAAAUAGCAGAGCGGUUUUAACACCACAUCCUAACUGUUGAUAUUUCCGCCUGACCAGCAUAAGCUGUCUUUUCCUGCUGUACCUCUAUCCAGAAGACAAUGUAUGUAAUUUAUGAAGCAUUCAGAAUGACAAUGUUCAAAACUGCUGUAAACAGAAGGAAAUGGAAAAUCAAUACUUUUUUGGCUUAACUUAAUAUUUGAUUUUUCCUUUCUUGAGAUGCUCAAUUAUGGGUCAGAAUUGCCCUUACGAGUAAGAUAUAGCGCUUUUUUUAGCCAUUAAAAAAUUACACUGAAAUCAUCAAUAUAUGCCCUUAAAACUUGUGUCUGUACUAUAUAUAUAUAAAUAUAUUUUUAUAGCUGAAAUUGUGGCAGAGUCCAUCAAUUCAAUAUGAUUUGAUGGCUUGGUUUUCAAACCCUGAAGUUAAUUCAAAAACGAUGACAGAUACUGGACUGAGUCGGAAUAAAAUCAUUAACAAGCAAAACUGAAGAUCCAGAAUUGUCAUUAAACCAGUAGUUCACCAGCAACAUCUUCAUUGCCUUGUAAUUUAUUUAUUUCAGGUCUAAUGUUGACUACUUUGGAUGAGUUACAUGAAGCAGUGGGAGAAUAAUCCUCUGUUUUCAAACCUUGAUAAAUUUGGUAGCCCUGCUAAGACAGUGUCUGCAAUGAGGGGAAACACAGCCAAGCUAUUGUUGUUCAAUCAAUUAGGUGAACAAAUUUAGUUGUUCAUGGGCAUGUAAUACUCAACUGAUUUCAUUUUCAAGCAAAUUACAGUCAGUAAAUGUUGUAACCUUGUUGCUGAUGUUGGGAUUGCUUGCAGAGAUGGUGCUGAUAGAUGCAACAAUUAACCAAAGACCUAUGUAAUGAAGAUUCCCUGAUUGGAAAAAAGCCCAGUCAGUUCUGUCACCCAGGUCUGGCUCAAUACAGUUACACAUUUCAAGCCCUUUUAUAGUCAUUGUGAUUCUCCAAUGAAAAAUGAAGUUUACUAUGCUAUUCAGAGCAAAGUCAGUGUGGGGAUAGUGCAGAUUUAACUCUGGCUUCCCCCAGUAGCUUGCUGAAUUAAACUCAACAAAGAAAGCAGAACAGAAGGUGGAGUGAAGCCAAAUCUUUCUUGUACUUGCUUCAUUGUUUAAGCUAAGCAAAACAAUGAAAUUCACUAAUGCUGCUGGGAAUGUGUUCCUUUAGUGGGGCUGGCGUAAUCUACAGCUUGCCAACCAACCAUGUGUUCACCGUGUCACACAAGGUGUUCAGGGCCAGUUAGCUGACUGCAGUUUUUCUGCCUGAGUUUAAGGCAGACACACCAAAUACAACUAGAAGAAGAAAAGCUGAUGUCACCAUCACUGCAAGCAAAAUUUUGCCUCAUUUAUUAGAUAAUCAAAUAAUUAUUUUUCUUUUUAUCGUUUUCUUGUUUUCAUUUACUCUCCUCAGUUAAUUCUCUGAUUAAAGUAAGCCAGUUAAUCAGACUGUGUAUAUUAUUUUUUCUAUAGAUUGAAAAUAGUAGCCCUCCCAUUUACUACAACUACUAAUAUACUCAUGUAGAUAUGAAGUUGAACUGUCUUUUACUUUCACUGCCCCAUUAGAUGGAAGCAAAUACAGAAAGCCCUCUUGGGUAUUUCUGCUUUAAACACUGUAUUUGUAAUCAGUGCUGUGCUAAAGGAUUGAUGGGGCUUGCUGCAUGUUGACUUAAAUGCUACCAAGAGCCUGAGAGUGGACUAUAAAUGUCUUUAGAAUAUGUUCAGGUUGACUUGUGCACAUAUUUAUUUGUUGUCCUAGCUGAAAGCUGCCCCUGAAAAGGUAGACUUAAAUCACUUUUUUCUCACUUUAAGCUAUUUGAUCAACAUGAAACCUUUCCCAGGUCGAUGAUUGAUGUUUUACUGUCAAAUGAUUUCAGGCUCUCUCAUGCAAUAAUCUUCCCUUAGUAAUGCUUAGUGGAAUAGAUUAAUAUAUGUGUGUCCUUAUUUUAUUAUCUGCAAAGGUAAAUUUCCAUUCUUCGAGUUUUGUAUAAAUGAAUAAUAGCCUGGAGGCUCUGGAAGGAAACAGAUUGUCUUUUGUGUUUUGGCAAUAUUUCUCAUUGCAAACUACAAGGUGCUUGUAAAUCAUUCAAAAACAGAACUGUCCAUUUUUCUUUCAACCACACAGUGGGGAAAAUAAAUAAUUAACACCUAAUGUUUCUCAAAUAUAUUUCUAUUCAGGCCAUUGACAUGAAAUCCACACCAGAUUUUUGUAACCCAAGUAAUCCACACAUAAAGAAAUAAAAAAUAUAUAUCAA